AUGGCAGGAUACAUGCCCCCCACAGGCUACGCCCCCUCGCCCCCUCCUCCCUACCCUGUGGCCGCGGGGUACCCGGAGCAGGUGCAGCAUCCCGGGCCCAGCCCGGCGCCCGCCCCCGCGCCCGCCCCGGGCUUCGCUGUCUUCCCCUCGCCCGGGGGCCCGGGUCCUGCCGCCGGGCCCGCCGCCCCGCUCCUGCCGCUGCCCGGGGUGCCUGCUGGCCUGGAGUUCCUGGUGCCGAUUGACCAGGUCCUGGUCCACCAGCGCGCGGGCGGCGUGGAGACGCUCCUGGGCUGGGAGACCAGGAACCGGUACGAGCUGCGCUCCGGGGCCGGGCAGCCGCUGGGGCAGGCGGCCGAGGAGAGCCACUGCUGUGCGCGGCUGUGCUGCGGCGCCCGCCGCCCCCUCCGCGUGCGGCUGGUGGACCCCGGCGACCGGGAGGUGCUGCGCCUGCUCCGCCCGCUGCACUGCGGCUGCGGCUGCUGCCCGUGCGGCCUCCAGGAGAUGGAAGUGCAGUCGCCACCCGGCACCACCAUCGGCCACGUGCUGCAGACCUGGCACCCCUUCCUCCCCAAGUUCUCCAUCCAAGAUGCCGAUCGCCAAACGAUCCUGCGAGUGGUGGGGCCCUGCUGGACCUGUGGCUGCGGCACAGACACCAACUUUGAGGUGAAGACCCCGGAUGAGUCCCGCAGCGUGGGCCGGAUCAGCAAGCAGUGGGGCGGGCUGCUCCAGGAGGCCCUCACGGACGCAGACGACUUCGGCUUGCAGUUCCCGCUGGAUCUGGACGUGAGGGUGAAGGCGGUGCUGCUGGGAGCCACGUUCCUCAUUGACUACAUGUUCUACGAGAAGCGAGGAGGCCCUGGGCCCUCUGCCAUCACCAGUUAG